CUCAAAUCCAGAAGCCAGAUAACUCAGCACUAAACAGAAAAGGAGCAGUAGGUAAAGAGGCUACCGGGACCAGCCAUGGAGCCCUGGCAGAGGUGGCCACUGCUGUUGCUGCUAGCUCCCCUGCUGUUGCUUCCCUCGUCUGCCUCAGCCUCCUGUGAGCUGGACGAAGAGGGCAAUAAUUGCUACUGCAACUUUUCCGCUCCGAACCCUGAAUGGGAUAGAAUUGCGAUGUGCAUUUCCUCGGUACAGGCGGAUAUCGAUGGGGGCGGCCACAACUUGGACAUCUUUUUGCAGAAAGUAAUUGCUGACCCGAGCAAAAUCUCGGACAUACUGAGAUCGCUGCGCCUAAAACGGCUGAGGCUAAGGGGUGCCCAGGUCCCGGCCCCACUUCUGCAUCAGCUCCUGAAGGCAUUGACCUACACGCGGAUUGAAGAGCUGUCCCUAGUAGAUCUGGUGAUUUCGAUGCCGCCCCUGCUACCUCCGUCAUUCAGUGACAAUGACCUCAGGCUGAAAGCCCUGCACCUCCACAGAGUGCUGUGGACCGGAGAGGGCAACUUACUGGCGACAGUGGGGCCUUGGCUAAAACCUGGACUGAAGGCACUGAGCUUGACUGGUUUAAACCUGAGCUAUGUGCCCUGCCCAGAGUUGGACGCCUUUGGGGAACUGAACUCUCUAGAUCUGUCGGACAAUCCAGAGAUAACAGAGAAUGGCUUAACUUCGGCGCUUUGCUUCUCGAAGCUCCAGGCACUGAAGGAUCUGGCACUUCGGAACACCGGCCUCCAGUCCUUGGGGAGAGUGUGCCGGGCUCUGGAGGCGACGGAGACCAAUGUGCAGCGACUGGACAUCAGUUACAACGAGCUGGGAGGGAAACCCUGGCCUCAGUGUACCUGGCCACCCUCCUUGCUCUCGCUCAACCUGUCCCACGCGAAUCUGAAGUGUGUGCCGAAGCCUCUGCCCAAGAAGUUGCAGCAGCUGGACCUAAGCUACAACCUGCUGAGGAAGCAGCCUCAGUUGCCCCAGGUAACCGACUUGAUCCUUGAAGGGAACCCUUUUGCCUACGCCGGUGCCUCAGCCAGACUGCAAAGGGAGCAGCCGACAGAGGACUGCGCAGUUCUUUCUCGCGGGAGCAAGUUCGCAGGCGCCACGCUAGCCUUCCUGGUCUCUGGGACAGCAGCCUUGGCGCUGCUGCGCUGGACCAGAGAAUUCGCCUGAAGGCUUGUGGGGAGCAACUGGGAAGAGGAAAAGAACAUUCAAGUUCCCACCUGACUGACUUGUGAUUCCAGGGAAUGCAGGGGAACCCUGCCAAGAUCUCAACCUCCACCACUUUUCAUUAAAAAAUAAAAAAUUAAUAAUAAUUGA